ACGAGCAAAAGACACUUAAAAGCAGUAAUCUUCUUUCUCACUGUUCUGUUCUUUUUUGUUCUGUUCUACUAAAGGAUGAUGGCAGACCACUGUAAUCUAGUCAGUGUUCUAGGGGUAUUUUUGGUAUUGACCCUCUUCCACAACCCGAUCACCGUCGCAGGACAGUUUAUCCCGCCGGUGGGCUUGUUCACAUUCGGUGACUCCAACUUCGACGCCGGAAACAAACAGAUUCUCAGUAAAGCUUUCGUCGCUCAAGGUUUCUGGCCCUACGGGAAGUCCCGAGAUGAUCCCAACGGCAAAUUCUCCGACGGCCUCAUCGCUCCGGACUUCGUCGCAAAAUUCAUGGGGAUUCCGAUCGAGAUCCCGGCGGCUCUUAAACCUAACGUCAAUGUCUCACGUGGAGCUAGUUUCGCCGUCGCCGAUGCUACUCUUCUCGGAGCUCCGGUUGAAUCUUUGACUCUGAAUCAACAAGUGAGAAAAUUCAAUCAAAUGAAAGCAGCAAACUGGAACGACGACGUCAUCAAGAAGUCAGUGUUUAUGAUAUACAUUGGUGCAAACGAUUACUUGAACUUCACCAAGAGCAACCCUAACGCCGAUGCGUCUGCUCAACAAGCUUUCGUCACUUCCGUGACCAACAAGUUAAAGAACGAUAUCAGCUUGUUGUAUGCGUCAGGAGCGAGCAAGUUCGUGAUCCAAAACCUAGCUCCAUUGGGUUGCUUACCUAUCGUCAGACAAGACUACAGCACCGGGAUGGAUCAGUGCUAUGAAAAACUCAACGAUCUGGCUAAGCAACACAAUGAAAAGAUCGGACCUAUGUUGAACGAUAUGGCUAAAGCCGCUCCUGGAUUCCAGUUCACCGUCUUCGAUUUCUACAACGCCAUUCUUCGUAGGACGCAGAGGCACAUGAACUUCCGGUUUUUCAUUACGAACUCGUCGUGCUGCGGAGUUGGGACACACAAUGCUUACGGUUGCGGUCUACCUAACGUGCACUCGAUGCUAUGUGAGUACCAACGGUCUUACCUAUUCUUCGACGGACGUCACAACACCGAGAAGGCACAAGAAAUGUUCGGUCAUCUACUAUUUGGAGCCGAUCCAAAUGUUAUCCAACCGAUGAACAUCCGAGAGCUUGUGGUUUACCCAAUCGAUGAACCUAUGCGUGAGUCUUGGGAGCCUACAACGUCUUCAACCACUGUCCAAACCAGCGACUCUAGCCGCGGUUAUGCAUUUUACUGAGUGAUCUCUAUAAAUCAAAUCAAUCUAAAGGUUUCUACAAGGGUAUAACCGUAUCAAAAUCGGAAUCUUGAUGUGUUUACUAGUUUGUAAUAUUUUUUUUUUGGUUCUGUUUUCUCUAGUGACUUUUUCCUCUUUAAUAAAAGAUUGAUCUUUGAAAGUUUUACCACGUA